AUGUUAAGCUCGGCUGAUCAGUUUUUGGUAUUUGGAAAUUGCCUCGUAUUUGCCACCAACUCACAGGAGAAUAGCAUGUUCUGCACAAUCUACCUUUUAGUUUGGGCUUCAAUCCCGACCUCUACUUCUGGUGGACAUGCCAUUUGCUGCUUUGUCUCUGGAGACCUCGGCCAAUUUGGAGUUGUCACUAGCAUGCUUUGUCCCGCUUGGUGUGAUGAUCUGGAAGCGCUUGACUAUGGAUUACGUCCUGGAUGGAUGCAGGCUCCUCAAAAAGUUCACUUCAGACAAGACCCCAAGUAG